AAAACAACCGAAGAACUAUGUUUAUUUGAGAGGGAAAAAAUAGCCAAAAAUGUAUUGAGAAAUGGAAAAAUAGAAAUAUUAAUUCAGAUUGUGUUUAUUUCGCAUCAAUAAGUUCAUCUACUAAUUCCCAGUCUCCAAAGUCGCAUUGAUUUGUCCAGUCCCGACAUCGCAGCGUCACAUUAAUCUGACGUCACAAACAAUUGAUAACAUAUAAAUUUGCGGAGCAAUGAGUCUUCAUCACCAUAACUAGUUUGGCUGAUUUAGAGUUAGUCGGAGCUGAUUAUUGCGAGUGAAAGUUGUCACAAUGGAGGAAAAACUAGAAAGCAGUAGUUUUCUGAGCUUAUUAGGGGCAGACAGUGGUCUUACCUUGAUAAAUACGGAUGCACUGGUACGCAAAACAGAGUUGCAACAGCGAAAGCUUCAGUGCAAAGACAAGGAAAUCGAAGAGCUUAAAGAAAGAUUGGAGCAUCUUGAAGAUGUGGUCGAGAAAUAUGCAAGUCAACUUGAGAGCUUGAAGAAGACAAAUGAGCCAUCACAAACGAACUGGACCAAGAACCUCAUCGAAGAAAAUGGUGUGAUGAGAGAGAGACUGGACCUGUUAUUUGGUGAGAAGCAACAGCUUGCAAAGGAGUGCUCGAUGCUUGAAUGUUGCUUAGAAGAUAAGGAACAAGAAUUGACAAUGCUUAAAGAGAGGAUGGAUCAAUUAAAGAAGAAUCGAUUCGAAAUUUCUUUUCAAGAGUUGCAAGCGAACUAUCCAUUUAUCAAAGACCUUGAGGUGGAGAAUAUCAAGUUGAAAGACGAGACAAAGCUCUUGUCAGUUGAAAAUGAAGAACUUGCAAAUGAAUGCUUGGUUCUUGCUCAAGGUAUGGAGGCAAAAACAAAAGAAGUCAUGAUUCUAGAAGAGCGUAUCAAAAGCCUUGAAAGUGAGAGUCAAGAUCAGGAAGAGAGCAAAAAGGAUGGCAUGAAUGAAGAAGAGUAUGUUAAGUUGAAAGACGAGACAAAGCUCUUGUCAGUUGAAAAUGAAGAGCUUGCAAAUGAAUGCUUGGUUCUUGCUCAAGGUAUAGAGACAAAAGCAAAGAAAGUCAUGAUUCUAGAAGAGCGUAUCAAAAGCCUUGAAAGUGAGACUAACCAUCUUCAAGAGAGUGAAAGAAAUGACAUGAAAGAAGAACUUGCUUCAGAUAGUGAAGGGUCGGAAACACAGAGCAUUCAAGAAGGAAUGGAGAAGGAUUCUGAUGGCGAAUUUAUCGUUGUUGAUGAUGAAAGUGAAGGAGACGAUGAUACGAGUGCUGGAAAGCUUUCCUUGAAAAAAAAAGACGACAAUACAAGAAUGCAACAGCAGCCAGAGGAAUAUAUGGCAGUUGGAAAGAUAUUGCCAGGAAGAAUGACAAAUAUUCAGCAAUAUUUUGAUCAAGUUGCAGAGCUUCAGCUGUUGAAAGGAUUUCUGUCCAAAAUUGGGAGCCAUUUCAAAAUUGAUGAUGGAAAUGGAUUGCAGAAAGUUCUCGAUCAUAUUGAAAUCAAGAUUGUGGAUCUCAUCGACGAAAAGAAGCAUCUUGAUGAAGAAACAAAGGAGUUAAAAAGCCUUGUCGAGUUUUUGGAAUUUGAACGCAAGUUCACUUUGGAAGAUUUCAAAGAAUCUGAAGAAAAGAACAUAGAAUUGCAGAACAAACUUCAACAAGCAGUCAAAAAGGAAAUUGAUGCACAAAGCCAGUUGGAAGCUUGGAGCAACUGUUGUGGUAAGCUGUAUAAGAUUAUCAAAAGCAACGAGGGAAAAGAAAAAGGUGAAUCAUCCAUGCAAAGAGGAAAUGCUAGAGCAACAGAGCUGGCACGAAGAAAGAGAUUUCGCCAGAAAUAUAAAAUUAUAAAUGCUAAUCUGAAAGCAUGCAAGGCAAAAUCUGCUGGAAUUAGAAGAUGCAUGGAUGCACUGGCAGGGAGGAAUCUGGAAUUGGAAUUGAAGGCUGAUCUUCUUCAGGCAGACAAUGAACAUAUCAUCAGAGAAAGAGACAUAUUUGAAAAGGCAUACAAAGAAGAGAUGCAAGCCAAUAUUCGUAUGCAGCAUGAUUUGGAAGAAUAUAAAGAGCAGACAAAAAAGUUGAAUAUCUUCAGAUCAGCUUUGAAAGAGCACAGAAAAGAAAUCGAUGCCUUCAGACUAGAGCGCUGUUUUGUUUUAGAUGCGUUGAAUAUGGAGAGACAGCUUCAUGAAGAUAUUGAAAGAAAGUUCCAAAUGGCAUUGAUAGGAAAAGAACUGAUUCAGAGAAGGCUCCAGCAAGAAUCAGAGAAAUGUAAAGAUGUUGAAAGAAAACUUAGUGAAGUUGAAACCGAGAAGACAAAACUUCAAGAGCAAUUCGAUAAAGAUUUGCGAACGGUUGUGGGAGAUCUCGUUGGUCUAAGAGAGAAGAACAAUGAAACUGUCAAGGACCUCGAUGGUGAAAUGAAGAUUCGCUUGGUGUACGAAAGAAAAUUGGAAGAAUAUUUUGGCGAGAAGCAGAGACUGGAGAAGUGCCUUGAGGAUGAGGUUAAGAGAAAUCUGGAAGCUGAAAAUAUAAUAUCAGCUUUGCAUCAAAUCGUGGAGAAGAGGUCGGAGAAGCCAAAACGAAGUCGACUUAGCAGAUUGUUUAGACGUGGAUCAGAUUAGAGGAGAAGAUUUAUUAUAUAGAACAUUAGCUAGGUUUUGUGCAACUUUUUACAGUUAUUUCUUAUUACUUUCUUGUAAUCUGUUUAUUCGUUUGAAAAUGGCGUUCUAUUGAAUUCAUUGUCUGUUUUGCUUUUGUGUCUGCAUUUUCAGUACAUUUGGUUUUAAAAUUGUCUAAAGAACGCGUAUAGCGUAUAAAAUAUGUACUUACCGCUAACGAUAGAUUUUCGAAAAAGAAACGAAAGAAUUUUCAUCAUUUUGAAAUCCCGUCGCUGAUUAAAGUUAUGGUUUGAGAAUGGGAAUGAAUUGAAAAAUGAAAUACCUAGUCGCCUGAAGCAUUUCAAUAUGGGUACACCUAAAUUGACUUCAGUUGUCCUUUUAAUCAUAAACAGAGUGUCGUCUUAGCCAUUCUCUUGAGGUAAAAAAGAUCUUAGAUGAAGAUUUAGCACCCAGUUACUUUGCUGUACCGAAAUGAAAAAAUGAUAAGGUUAAACGCUUGUAUUCGACCCAUAUGCGUGGAAGGUUAAUUUCAAAGAAAAAAUCUGCAACUUUUACCUUAAUGAUUUCGUAAAAGUAAUUCAUUUACAUACAUUAUGUAUCAUGCAAUGAAACUACGACGAAAAGUGUUUGAAAGUCUUGAUGAUGACGAGAAGGAUGAAAGGGAGCCAAUGUCAAGUUAAUAUGGACAAAAAAGGUUAGAUGAUCAGUCAGGAAUGAAGUUUAAUUAAACACUGUAGAACAAUAAGUAUAGCCUCGAGUAAUUAAAUUCAAUGUUCGGACAUCUUGCAUUGUAUGCUUCGUUUUCUGAAAAAUGAGCUAUUUAUAGAUAUAGACUAGGGUGCAGCUGCCCCCCUUCAUCGAGUUGAAGUAUAUCCUUUUUGAAAAUUUUGUGUCCCAUUUUAUGAGUGUGAAUUAAGUUAAGAUUUUUCUGAGGCCCAGCGUGAGAGGGCAAUAGAAGAGAUAAAGGUUUCCGGGGAAAACAAUAAGAAGGUUAUUUUGGGGUAGAUAAGCAGAAUAGGAUGGGUCAACCGUUCUAAAUCGGUCAAGGUUACGACGGUACUUCGGCGGCACAAGGUACUCAUUACAGAAAUUUAAAAUACAAGGAUGCACGAAGAUUGAUUGAACACGGAUUGACAAAGCCCUGGGUCGCUAUAGAAAGAAUUGACGGUUACACUGGGAAGCUAGAUGGCUGGAUUGGUAGUAGGUAGGCAAGGGCGUGGCUAUUGUAUAAGCUGACUUCACAAAGAUUUAAUAAUGGAAAAUUUCACGAUUUGGUCUAACAGAAAAAGGCCCCAACUUCACAUCUCAUUUCGUUUUAAUUCAUUGCAUUAUUAAUUAACCAAGUUUGGCAGCAAAUUCAGCAAUGCUGGUUUACAAGGGGUCAUGCUUUUAAAAUAGUAGAUAAAUUUACACAACAUAAGCUAAAGAAAAAUUUGCAAGAGAUAUAAAAAUAAUACACUACCUAACCCUUUUCAACUUCACCUUACCCUACCCACAAAAUUUCUGACUCUUUACACUGUUUUCAUACAAGAACUUAAGAAGAAAGUUCUGAAUCUACUCAGAUACGUUGCCCGCUAGCUUCGGUAUCUAGGCUAUUCCAAAUUUUAGCACCCCUUCGCGAAAAUGACUUUUGCUCAUUGCAAAGCUUUUUAAUAUUUCUAAAUUCUUAUGUUUUCUAUUGAAACCAUGCUUAUUUUUUGCUCUUGAAGAUUUUCCAACUUAUCAAAAUCAAACGAGUUGAAGCUAUGAAGCAUAAUCAUAAUUAAAUGUUUGUCCACUGCGCCUAGGCCCAUUUUCCAGCUGUUCUUUGGAUUUCAUAGUUGCAAUGUUUACGUCUCCAGCCGAUGUUGCGGCCUUUACCAUCAAUGUUCAAUAGUGACGUCCUUCUGAACUUUGGGUCAUUUUCAUUUUUCAUUUUAUCAAUAUUUAUUCACGAGAUACCGUUCAGCCAAUAAACAACCUUUUAACAAUAUUUGCUCAAUAAUAAUAAGAUAAAAACUAAUAAUAAUAAUAUGAAUUACUGCUCUACCAAGGGGUCGUGUUUGGGUCCUAUGAAAGGUUCAUAAGAUGAAUAGACAGAAGCUGAA